AUGUCGACUCUGUGUGGUGGUACUGCUAUUAUCAUGUUUACUUCUUCCUCUUCUUCAUUUUCAGUAUUAUCAUCAGCAUCAGCAUCGCCGGCGACGCCGUCUCGCCUUCCGAACAAGUCUCAUCCUGCCGGAACAAGUACAACAACAACAAGGCGGCUUCUUCUUCAGACGCUUACAGCUUCCAUGGUCGCAUUUUGUUUGAUCUGGGCAGCUAAAGCAGGGAUUUUAUCGGGUUACCCUGGAAUUGAAUCUGUUCCUGGCCCUGAUUUACCAUCUAUUGAGUUUCUCAAUAAAUGGAACGAUGAGAAUCAGAAACUCUAUACUGAAAAUGAUAAGAGAUUCAAGGAUUCCCCCAUUCUCAAAAAGCUUCUUGAGCAAUCAAAGCUCAACAAAGACAAGAAUAAACAACUAGUUGCUGACAAAUACUGCUUAAGAGGAGCAGAAUGGGGAGUGGGAGAUUGUUCAGCAGAGGGAAUGACACCAGAUGAAAGAGAUAAGUUCAUAGCCAUGUUGAAGCAGAAGGUCGGCGAGAAAGACUAGAUCACUUUUUAAUUCCAUUUUUUAUUCUUUUGUUAAAAGAUAUAAUCUUUAAUCUUCAUUACCCAAAUCAAUGCCAUUGGAUCUGUAUUUAUUUGUA